UUCGGAUCCGUGAGUCUCCGCACGAUCCGAUAUCGGCCGCGUCGCUCUUCCUCCGGCUCCGGUCGAGGGAACGGGGGAUUGGAACUCCGGAGCGCUGACCUCGUAGUGGUCCUUGGUUUUGGUUGCUACUGGGGAUUUGAACCCCGGAGUUUUGAUUUCUCCGGCGGAGGUCCGAGGAAGUGAGCGAAGGUUGGACUUUUUGGGGGGGAGGAAGACGGGGAUAUGGGGCUCCAGUGGCGCACCGGAUGGUUGUGGACGGCGGUUCUGGUCGCGUUGGUGGCGGCAGCAGUGGUGGUGGCGGACCGCGGACUGAAGCCCGAGGAGGCGGCUGCUGACGUCGUCGCCGUGGAAGAGGUUGGGCUGUCGGAUUACGUGCUGAAGGUGGUGGACUUCUUGUGGCAGCCGGAUAAAUCUUCCUACCAACACGUUUGGCCGCCCAUGAAAUUAGGGUGGCAAAUCGUCGUCGGAACAAUCAUCGGGUUCUUGGGAUCCGCGUUUGGUAGCGUCGGAGGUGUCGGUGGGGGUGGGAUUUACGUCCCCAUGCUCACGCUUAUCAUUGGAUUCGAUGCGAAGUCUUCGACUGCUAUGUCAAAAUGUAUGAUCAUGGGCGCAGCUGGAUCAACUGUUUGGUACAAUCUGAAGCUCAGGCAUCCGACUCUGGAUAUGCCCAUCAUUGACUAUGAUCUGGCUUUGCUUUUCCAACCAAUGCUAAUGCUGGGGAUUAGCAUUGGGGUCGCAUUCAAUGUCAUCUUUGCUGAUUGGAUGGUCACUGUCCUUCUGAUUAUUCUCUUCAUUGGUACAUCAAGUAAAGCAUUUUUGAAGGGUGUAGAGACAUGGAAGAAAGAGACAAUAAUGAAGAAGGAGGCAGCGAUGCUUAAAGAGUCCAAUGGAAGAGAAGAAAUAGAAUACAACGCUCUACCUUCUGGUCCUGGAAAUUCAAGUACAAAGGCUCGACGCAAAGAGGUCCCUGUCAUGGAGAAUGUCUGCUGGAAGGAGCUUGGUCUUCUUUCCUUUGUAUGGAUAACUUUCCUUAUCCUGCAGGUUUUAAAGCAAAAUUACACAUCGACCUGUUCUCUGUGGUACUGGAUUCUGAACUUGCUUCAGGUUCCUGUAUCUUUGGGAGUAUCAGGCUAUGAAGCUGUUAGCUUAUAUAAAGGAAAGAGAAUAAUUUCAUCAAAGGGGGAGGAAGGAACAAGCUUUACAGUUCUUCAUCUUGUUUUUUACUGCUGCAUUGGUAUCCUUGCUGGUGUAGUUGGAGGGCUGCUUGGCCUCGGAGGAGGGUUUAUUUUGGGCCCUGUUUUCUUGGAGCUUGGUGUUCCUCCACAGGUCUCAAGUGCCACAGCAACUUUUGCAAUGACAUUUUCUUCAUCCAUGUCUGUUGUGGAGUAUUAUCUUUUGAAGCGUUUCCCCAUCCCUUAUGCAUUGUAUUUUGUGGCAGUGGCAUUAGUUGCUGCCCUUGUGGGGCAGCAUAUUGUCAAGAGGCUGAUUGAAAUACUUGGGAGAGCUUCGCUCAUCAUCUUCAUCCUUGCUUUCACCAUUUUUGUUAGUGCGAUCUCGUUGGGUGGAGUUGGCAUUUCAAACAUGGUUCAGAAGAUCCAGCAUCACGAGUACAUGGGGUUUGAUAAUCUCUGCAAGUAUGAAGCAUAGCUUCAAAACCGAGCAUGAAGAUGUUUCACAGACAAUCAGGGAAACUUUCCCUAGCUUCUUUAAGGUGUUAAAUCCUCGACGACCACAGACUGCCUUGUCUUGCUCUUGCACCGAUUAAUAUCAGAAUUUGCAUUCAAUAAAGCUCUUGAGAAUAAGUCUUGUAGUAUAUUUUCAAGAAUCCUCUUGAUCUGCUUCAAAAAAGAGUUCUAAAUCGGACUCUCUUUACAGUAAUCUCAGUAAGAACUUAAGCCACAAGUCUUUUACUCUCAAAUUGUCUUUCAUGCUGUAAUCUGAAUGCUGUAGGGUUAUAAUCUGUAAAAUUACAUUUGUAAUGGUGUUGCAUGUUGUUGGAGUCUUCA